GAAUUUCCACGAGUGUUGUUAUUUUUAAUGUCUUAAGGUUUUAGAACGCUUGAGCUCAUUUAAGGAAAGAGCGUCGUGCCCAUGUGAGCGGCAGGACCGAAAGCUCGCUCAUCAACUUCCAUAAUGAGCCGAGAAGCUCCCAUCCACAACUGGCCCGGCUCCUACUACCUCACCUCGGUCAAGAGGUGGGAGAACGGCACGCUGUCCCUGAGCCGAAGCGCGGUGCAUUUCGUCUCGAACCAAACCAAGGAAACCCUCGCCAGUUUCCGCCUCUCCCGCAUCAUGGAGAUAAAAAUGGAAUCAUCUAGUUUCAUCUUCAGCACUCUGACGGUGCUGGAGGAGGGUAAUGUCAAGCACUGGUUCGGCUCCCUCAAACCCAACCGGGUGGUGGUGUACAACGUGAUGGAGCACUUCUGGAGAGAGCGUCUGCUGUCCCCCUCCAGCAUGGAGACCAGAGGUGGGGUCACCGAGAAUGAGCCCUCCAAGGGCCAGGAGCUUAUCAACCUCGUGGCCGGGGCCCAGAGACGAUUGGAGGACACCGGGAGGGUUCUCAGCUACCAGGGGGAGCAGUUUGAUGGCAUGAUGGAAGGCCUGGAGAAGAUGGACUCGGACCUGGGAGUGGCUGAUAAACUUUUGUCAGAACUGGAGUCUCCUUCCUGGUGGCCUUUCAGUAAACUCCCAUGGAAGAUUCAGCAGGAAGCAAAGGCGGAGGACGCGGCCCGGGCCGCUGCCGCAUCCAAAGCGUCUGCGCGUAGCAAAGUGAUCACCAGCAUCCCAGCCGUGGUAUCCAAAGACGGCGACUGCGACUUGAAGCCCGGCUGCUUGCUGAUUCUGCCGUCCUCCCUGGAGGUCCGCGACGCCACCUGCAGCUUGCUGCACCGCUUCGACCGCAGCGAGGUGGAUGAGAUCCGCGUGCACAGCCCUUACGAGAUCACGGUGGGGCAGCGCUUCAUCGGAAGGCCCGAUGUCCGCUGCCGGCUGCUGUCGGCCAAGAUGCCAGAGGCGCUGGCUGUGCUGGAGAUGCAGUACAAGAAGAAGGUGGAGUUUUCUGCAGAGUACACUGCCUUUCGGGCCACACCUGCUUCUUCGCCGUGUGACGCGGACACAGCCGGUUUUCUGCACGGGUGCCAGGAGAUCGAGGUCCCCAUAGAGAUCUCGGCGGGGGAUCUGUCCCAGCUGCAGGUGCACGCCCUCCAGCCUGCCGUGAGCCAGGCCGAAGCCCAGGAGCUCAAGCAGAUGCUGCUCCAGCUGAAGAGCCUGGCCCUGGAGGCAGAGACGGAGCUGGAACGUCAGGACGAAGCGCUCAAAACCCUGAGCAACUCUGCCGAUAAAGCCUCCAUGGCCAUCGGGGAGCACACCUGCCGCAUGAGGCGAUUGCUGUAGACACUGAGUCACAGACGGACGGACGGACCAAGCGUCAACGUGGUGCGGGAGGGAACUUCCAAAAACUUGAAAGAUUGAUGAGAAACUGUUGGCACUUUGAAAGACAUUUGUUACCUUUUAGAAACGGAACUCAUUUUAUGUUGGGCGAUGUGUCCACAAUUGCUCCUAAUUUCUUGCUACUUUCAACUUGUUUGGUCAAGAGUUGAUUUUCACAGUAUUGGCUUUCAUCGACAUCUGUAAUUGGUCCGUUCGAACGAGAACAGUUCUACACACCAGGUAAGCAAUAUGCAGUUAUUUAUUGCGUAAAAUAGGGUCGGGGAACAUAUGACUCAUCAAAUGUAUCCAUGUUGCACAAAGCACACUCUCGCGAGGAGACUAUAGCAUGCGCCAUUGGAUACACAACUUCCUGCUCCUUUAGCGUCAUUGUCAAGACCUACAACGUGUUCGAGUAUAAUAAUGUGAGAUGUGCACCAAGUGUUGCAUGUGUAAAAGACAAUGAAGCUGACCAAUGUGUAAAGGACUCACAUAUUGUAAUUGUUGUCUGUCUGCUACGUUUACAUAAACAACAUUUUUCUAAUCGGAUCAGAGUUCGAAUUAAAAAGAUGAUGGGAUGCACUGUUUUCAUGGACACUAAAAAUGUAAACGUAGCCACUGUGAAUGUGAUUUAUCUGUUCCAUGUGCUGUAUACAAUCCGCAAAUAAAACCAUGAGAAAUUCAUUUGAAAACUUCAAAA